GAUAGAGGAGGAAUUAGACGUACCCGAGGGCCUGACGCACCUGAGGGAGGCGAGGGAGCUCAGUAUGCCCAGCCUAGAUCCUUGCUGUGUCCGCAGUGUGGCCGCGGCUACACCCACAAGUCAACACUGCGGCGCCACCUCCGGGCACACACUGACGACAAGCCCUUCGCGUGUGACAUGUGCUCCUACCGGGCCAUCCAGCGCUCCGACGUGACGCGCCACAUGAGGACACACACCGGAGAGAGGCCCUACCGCUGCCCGCACUGCAACCACCGGGCAUCGCAGUCUGGGGACCUCGACCGCCAUAUUGUGUCCGUGCAUCCUGAUUUGUGCCACGAAUGUCUCAUGUGCACCCACCGCGCCCCCUCCCGCGCCUCCAUGGUCACCCACCUCAGGAAGAAACACGCCUAGAUCUCAUGUCCUACGGGGGGGUCCUAUAGGGGUUUUGUUCAGAGGGUCCUACUGGUGUCCUGUGCUGGGGUGCUUCGUUGGUUCACAGGGUCUGUAUUGGGUAUCCUGUGGUAUCCUACUGACAUAUCCUAUUGGUAUGU